AGUCCAUUGGUGUGAAUGAGAGCGGAUGGACCUCUCGGGGAAGCUGAGGCCCCGCCCCGCGCCGUGUCGUCACCGCGAGGUCGCACCGCGGCGUCGCAGCGCUACCGCACGAGCCGCUUUCGGGCUUUGUUUAGUGGACGUGAGCGAGCUCCGUCACCGCCUCCGGAGAUGUGGACGGAUAUAAGGACGUUACUACUUUUGUGUUUGCUUCUCCUCGGGCUCCCUGUCCCGGAAGCCACUGAUGAGUGCGAGGACGGACAGUUUCAGUGCAACAACAAACGGUGUAUCCCCACCAUCUGGAGGUGCGACGAUGACGACGACUGCUCAGACAACAGCGAUGAAGAAAACUGUCCCAGGAAAACCUGCGCCCCAGCAGAGUUCGCCUGUUUAAACGGACAGUGUGUCCCGGGUCGGUGGCGCUGCGACGGGGAACCGGAGUGUCCAGACGGCUCUGAUGAAGCAGAGGAGACCUGCAGCAAACAGACGUGCCCUCCAGAGAAAUUUGACUGCGGGGGAUCCACCAACAAGUGUGUCUCGUUGUCAUGGCGAUGCGACGGGGAGAAAGACUGUGAGAACGGAGCGGACGAGGAGGACUGUGCGUCUGAUGCCAAAGCCUGCCCCAGUGGAGAGUUCUUGUGUGCCAACCGGAAAUGCCUGGCCCCCGUCUACGUGUGCGAUGGUGAUGAUGACUGUGGAGACGGUAGCGACGAGCUCAAAUGCACCUCCCCGUUGACCUGUGGGCCCAACCACCUCCGCUGUAACACCUCAGAGUGUGUGCCACUCAUGUGGAGCUGUGACGGAGACCCCGACUGCUCCGACAGUUCGGAUGAAGGCCCAGAGCGCUGUGGAGGUGACGGAGUACCGUACCUGCCCAAUCACAGAGCUAACUGCACCACUGGAGAGUUCCGGUGUGCCAAUGGGGAGUGUGUACGUCUGACCUGGAAGUGUGACGGAGAUCCAGACUGCAAGGACAAGUCUGAUGAGUCCGACUGCCCUCUGCUGACAUGUCGUCCUGAUGAGUUUCAGUGUGGUGAUGGUUCAUGCAUCCACGGCACUAAGCAGUGUAACAAGGUCCAUGACUGUCCCGACCACAGCGACGAGUCUGGCUGUAUCAACGCCACCAAAUGUGAAGGACCCCUGAAGUUCCAGUGUAAGAAUGGAGAGUGCAUCGACAGCUCCAAGGUGUGUGACUCUGUCAAGGACUGCAAGGACCGAUCUGACGAACCCAAGAGAGAGUGUGGGUUGAACGAGUGUAUGAUCAACAACGGUGGCUGCUCCCAUGUCUGCAUGGACCGACCAAUAGGCUUCGAGUGCCAGUGUCCCACUGGAUACCAGCUGCUGGACAAGAAGACAUGUGGAGACAUUGAUGAGUGUGAGAACCCUGAUGCUUGCAGCCAGAUAUGCAUCAAUUACAAGGGGGAUUUUAAAUGUGAAUGCUAUGAUGGAUACGAGAUGGACCUUGUCACCAAGACCUGCAAGGCAGAAGGGAAAAGCCCCUAUUUACUGUUCACCAACCGCCAUGAGAUCCGCCGUGUUGACCUGGUGAAGAGGGAGUACAGCCAGGUCGUGCCCACUCAGAAGAACACUGUGGCUCUGGACCUGGACGUGGCCAACAACCGGGUUUUCUGGUGUGACCGCUUUCACCGCAAAAUCUACAGUGCCUUCAUCCACGAGGCCAGCGACCCCUCCCAGCAGGUGCCUCUGGUGGAUUCCUCUCUGCAGACACCCGUGGGUCUGGCUCUGGACUGGCUCCAGCACAACCUGUACUGGACCGACUCAGGAGACAAAUCCAUCUCUGUGUCCUCAGUGGAUGGCACCAAGAGACGCAUCCUCAUCAACAGUGACCUGAGCGAGCCUCGAGCCAUAGCUCUGGACCCCCACCAUGGUUUUAUGUACUGGUCAGACUGGGGAACACGAGCCAAAAUAGAGAAGGCUGGAAUGAACGGAGUGGACCGUCAGGUGCUGGUGGCCGAUGAUAUCGAGUGGCCCAACGGCAUCACUCUGGAUGUAGUCAACCGGCGUCUCUACUGGGUGGAUUCUAAACUGCACCUGAUCGCCAGCGUGGACCUGAACGGAGCUCAUCGCAGAACACACAUGUCCUCAGCAGAAAGGCUGGGACACCCCUAUGCGCUGGCUGUGUUUGAGGAUCGGAUCUACUGGACGGACCGAGACAAGGCAGCAGUUUUUAUGGCGAACCGACUAACUGGUCAGGAUGUCCAAGCUCUCGCUGAAAACCUCAACGACCCCCAUGACAUUGUGGUCUUCCACCAGCUUCGGCAGCCUCAAGGCCCUGACAGCUGCAACCUGGGCAGCGUGGCCAACGGAGGCUGUGAGUACUUGUGUCUGAAGGCUCCACAGAUCACCGAACACUCACCCAAGUACACCUGCGCCUGCCCUGAUGGACAGGACCUGGGCCCUGAUAUGAGAGCUUGUGCUCCAGCAGCACCAAGAGAUGACACAAUGGCAGUGUCCCCUCCUCCCUCUGCCUUUACUGUUGACACCAGACCAACUCCUGAAGACGUCUCUUCAUCCUUAAAAGGUGUAUCUCAGGCAGACGCUGUCCUCCGUCUGUCCACGGCUUCCUCUGCCUCUCCAGAGUCUCUGACGGCCCUGAGCACGCUGCAGCCUCUGUCAUCGCAGGAGUCCAAAGCUCUGGGCUCCCACUCCAGCGCCACCGCUAUGGUCAUGCCCACCACACCAGCAGGGGACAGCAGCGUCUCACAGCACUCUGGGGGCGAGCAUUUCCUCCUGGGUGAGAACUUGACCGUGGCUGUGCUUGGGGUGGUCAUUCCUAUCGUUCCUAUCGUUGCCACAGUGGUGUUCGGCCUGGUCUGCGCCGGAGUCUACCUGGUGUGGCGUAACUGGAGGCGCAACUCCACCAAGAGCAUGAACUUCGACAACCCCGUCUAUCGCAAAACCACGGGCGAAGGGGAGGAGGACGAGAUCCACAUCGGACGGACUGACGCUAUAGGACACCACAUGCACCAUCACCCGUUUCCUCAGGGAGUCGGCGUGGGAGUCGUAGGUGCUGCAGGGGGCGGCACUUGCCCGCAGUUUAUCGCCCUGCCACUAGGGGGAAGCAUGCCAGAUCCUGGGACUCACUGGUACACAGAGCAGCCCAUGCUGUCCGCUGUUAAGUGACCUUGUGGUUCAGACGGCCUCUCAGUCUCACACACACACACACACACACACACACACACACACACACACACACACACACACACACACGCACGCACGCACACACACACACACACACACACACACACACACAGAGGAGGAUGGAGUUUACUGACAGAAAGAGAAACAUAUCAUGAAGUCAUGCAGCCGUUCACAGCCACAUCAGACUCCAAAUGUCAUCAAAAUAAUUAGAGAGAAGAAUUCUUGCCUUUACUGAUGGAGCUGCUGGGAAUCUUCCACGUUCUUGUGUCCCUGAUCUGAUGGAAGUGUGGUUCCAGGUUGCAGCUUGAGCCAGCUGAGUCCGACACUUAAGCCUGGUUCAUGCUUCUCCGUCAGCUCCGCAAGGGACAGACACGCACGGAUUGACGGAAGCGUUUUGCUCUCAUACGUCUCCGUCUCCUGGAGAGUGUUGCAAAGCAAUUCCCCGGCAGGACAACAGAGGGCGUAGCGCUGUUCUGUGGUAUCCUGUCAUGUAACGGACCAAGAUCGUGUGUUUAUAUUGUUUUUUUUUGUAUAUAAGAGACUUUUAACACGGACAUAUUUGUCUCUCAUUUCUCCACCUCUUCAUGCGCUCCCCACCGCUAAACCUACGUUUCCUGUCAUUUCCGUCCACAAAUAAAACGCUUGCUGCGCAUCUUUUCACUCCUCCAGUCACGGGAGGAUGAAACGUUCAUAUUUUUUCGCGAGGUAUUCUUCAAGCUGCUCCGUGUCUGCCGCUAGUUAAACUCGGCUCUCUUUGCAAUGGCGGCGCUGUAAACAACAGCGGCGUCCUGACCAAUCACAAGCUUGCGUAAUCCGUCUCGUUCGACGGAUGUUUAAAAAAGUGGGCUCGACUCCGUACGUGCUUGCGUGCCUGCCGGAGCCCUACGCAAGGACGGAUAAUGGCGUUGCGUGUCUCCGCACUGACGCAGACGGAGAAGCAUAAACCAGGCUUUAGAGGAGGAGCUGGUGCGCGUAUCGCUUUGUCCUUGAUGUAUUAUUUUGGGAGUUAUUCCUGGUUGGCAGCGAAGCUUUGGGACAUCUGCUGAGGAAGGAGUCGUCCGGAAACUGGGACAGGCUGGUGAGACAAUCUGUACAGAUUGGGGGUCAAAUCAAUCACUUAUGUUGUUACUUGGGUUGUCUUGUGUUGUAAACGUCUUUGUGGACGAGCUUUCCCGGUUCAGAGGCGGGCCUUUUGGGUUGAGUGAUCCAACAUUUCCCACUGUAGCUGAACACGAGUGGUUGGUUCCAUCCUCUGGGUUUUAGUGAAGAGCAGACUGGACGGAGGUGAAAGUAGGCGUGGCUUGUUUAGACGUUACAUGGUUUGAGAAAAGCAAUAGGCUGCAGCUAGCAGCCAGAUGAGGUGUUCUGUGUUGACAAAAGUCAUCAGGUGUUAAUAAUUUUAUUUGUUGACCUGCUUUCGACUGUGAUACAUGCACACAGAUCCACACAGGGAGCAGCGACUCUCCAGAGGACGGGGUGCAUUUGCCCUCCGAAAACACAAACGUCAUGAAUAAUCGCCCGCCAGCUGACACCGCAGCCUUUCCACCGUAAACACACACAUAUGCACAUGCACAUCUGGCUGCGCGGCCCGCUCGCCUCCUCCUGAGAUGGCCGCCAUCUGAGCCGACAGUUCUGGAUGGCACCGCUCAACUGGGCCCUGCUGGUGCCUGCAUCAUCACAAAGACCUGUCAUGUGAUGUGAGCACAGCAAGCAGGACAGCGGUGACGCGACGAGUCCGAGAGCGUCUCGCCCUGGCGGUGCAACGACUGCUUCCUCCAUUCAUUAACCUGAGAAGUGUGUGUGUGUGUGUGUGUGUGUGUGUGUGUGUGUGUGUGUGUGUGUGUGUGUGUGCGCUCAGUAAGAUGCAUGUGUGCCAGUGUUCAUCACACAGCCAUAUUUGAACUGUUUCGUAUGCUCUUUGUUGCACAGCCUUCUCAGAGUUCCUUCUGUGUUUUGCAUGGAAGACGUGUGUGUGUGUGUGUGUGUGUGUGUGUGUGUGUGUGUGUGUGUGUGUGUUAUUGGUUUGUAAAUAUGUUUUCAUAAGGUUUUAUAUGAUAGCUGUACAUAAGAUUUUCGAUAAAGUGUCGACAGGCAUAUUAAUUUAUUUGUAUAAAGAGAAGCAAUCUCGUCCCUGAUUGGAAGAAAUCAGUUUUCCACCAAAGUGGUUUGUCUGUUUGUUUGUUUGGUUUGUAAUGUUUCUUGCUGUGCAUCGUUUAGCAUCUUUAUUGUGUGUUGCGACCGUUGCGACGCUCCCAUUUUCGCCCCGCCGCCUUCUCACACCCACUAGAAAAGGCCAACACACACACCACAGUGUGGACGGUGACGGGAUGAUUCGUUUAAUUGUGCCUUUUGGUUUUUCUUUUUCUGGCGUGUUUUAAACUCAUCCAACGAGGACGGGCCAGCUGCUGUGCUGAUAACCAUGAGCUGUAUUAGAGACUAAACUGGUUUCACUUUUUAAUCUUAUGUACUUUUGAAUAUCUCUAUUUAUUGAUAUAUAAAAUCUGACAAAAGUC